CAAAAAAGUAUUGUGAUUCUUGGAUUCUGCAACAUCUUUCAUAUUUUCAUGUCAACAUUAAAGUUUUCAAAGUAAUUUUUGUCUCGUGAAAUCAUUUAAAAUACCAGCAAUUGAAUCUUCAAGCAAAUACAACAUUUUUUUUGGGGGAGUUCAUCGCCCACCAAAAAUCCGUGCGCAAGAAAAGAAAAGCUCUUCGACAUUUUGAAAAGAACUCUAAAAUAAGCCAACGACUUGCCUUUUUAAAUUUCUGUAAAAAUGGCACCGUUGGCCGGUUCACCAUUUUCCAUUGACACAUGGAAAAACGAUCCACCAGAUGUUGAGCUGAAAUGCUUUCUACCAAAUGGCAUUUUUCUAUGUUUGUACGUACCUGUUACAACUACAAUCAGAGAAGUUAAGACGGAAAUGGUUAAACAGGCUAAAACGUUUCCAUUGAAUAAUCUCAUCAAAGAUGCUUGUGAUUAUGAAGUUUGUGGAAUUUCGGCCAUUGCCUUGGUUGAACCAAUCCAAGACGAAACCAAACGUUUGUGUGAAGUACAGCCUUAUUUUUGCCUUUUGCGUUUGGGAGAGCGUUCAGAGACCAGCACGAUAUCCAGUGACUAUGAACUCUCGAAAUUGGUCAGUAACAUGAUUGGCAAAUCCUUUGAAGAUUACAGCGCUCAACGUAGUCCCGAGGAAGAUGAUUUUCGACGAAAAAUGACACUGCUAUGUGAUGAAAUUGAAUUGGAACGUUCCAAAUACAGUUGGUAUGAGAAAUUGCUGUACGAGCAUCCAUUGCGUUUAGCGGAAACGCCCGAUAUGCCAGAGAUCAUAAAGAAAAGAUUUCGUAAUUCGAAUUUCUUGGUAGUGGUUAAGUUAGAAAAUGAUGAGACCUCCUUUACAAUCUCAGUGAAUGAGCAUCAUACACCGCGAUCUCUCAUAGAUUCGGCAAUAUUAAAAGUUCGCAAAUCACAAAUAAAAGUCAAUGAUCGGGCCACGGACUAUAUUUUGAAAGUUCGUGGUCGCGAUGAGUAUUUGUUUGGAGACCAUCCUCUGAUACAGUUUAUAUACAUACAGGAAAGUCUUUCGGGUUCUGAUGUACCCAAUGUAGUACUAAAAGCCAUCAAUACCUUACCAUCGUACAUAAGUUAUAAACAAGAAUUAAAUGCUAUUCCGAAACGACCACCGAGAACUGAGAACUAUCGCCAUCCCUCAAAUGAAAUGGAGAAACGUAAAGUUAAGUGUUCAUGGGAUAUAAAUCAAGCAUUUCGCCUGCGCCUACAUCGCAUUGACAAUGUGAACUGUGAUUUGGUUCGCGGCAUGAAAGUUGGUGUUCACAUCGGCCUCUAUCACGGCGAACACAAGCUGUGUGCCCAACAUUCACUCGACAUAGCCAGCAGUAAUAAUCGAUCAUUCACAUUUGAUAGGGACAUCGUGUUCGAUAUACCCCUGCAAAACUUGCCACGCAUGACUCGACUCUGUUUGGUCAUCUACGAGGUGACACGAGCGUCACGCUCCAAAAAAUCAUCAAAUACCAGUAGUAAUAAUACAAUUAUAAAAGAUGCCAAUAUAAAUAAGAACUCACUGGCCUGGGUGAAUACAACAGUGUUCGAUUACAAGGAACAAUUAAAGAAUGGCUGCCUAUCACUGUACACAUGGACGUAUGCCGAUGACAUACAAUCGGAUGAGAUAUUUCAUCCAUUGGGCACCAUUGAACCAAAUCCACGUAAAGAUGAAUGUGCUGUGGUGCAACUCACAUUCCAUAGUUAUGGCUAUGAUUACAUACAAUAUCCAUCGGAGGAUACGGUGUUGCAGCACGCCUCCAGAUUGGCGGCCGAAUCAAUGAACCGCAUAAAAUCUCAGGUUGGUCAACAGACACCGACAGCAUCAAGCACCGCCGUCAGCAAAGUGUUAUCCCAGUAUUCACGUACUUUUAAUAAACUCUAUGAGAUGCACGAUCAGGAUCGCACUGAUAUAUGGGAAAAGCGAUACAAUAUCAAAAUCGAAGAGCCCGAGGAACUUUCAAUUCUAUUGCAUUGUGUUAAUUGGAAUAAACGCGAUGAGGUAGCCGAAAUGUGGUAUCUAUUAAAUGAAUGGCCCCCAAUAUCGGUGGAGAGAUCACUUGAAUUAUUAGACUAUGCCUAUCCAGAUCCUGCAGUUAGAAAUUUUGCUAUUCGAUGUCUUAGAAACUUAAGAGACGAAGAACUUUUAUUAUAUCUACUGCAGCUGGUACAAGCCAUGAAACAUGAAUCUUAUUUAGAUUGUGCCCUAACCACAUUUAUCCUGGAAAGAGCGCUACGAAAUCAACGCAUAGGUCACUAUUUCUUUUGGCAUUUACGUUCUGAAAUGCAAACGCCAUCAAUGCAAACACGUUUUGGUUUGCUGCUUGAGGCAUAUCUGAAGGGAUGUAAGCCACAUGUACCACUGCUGCGUAAACAACUGCAGGUGUUGGAGAAACUUAAACAGGGUUCCCUAUUGGCCAAAAAGGGCAGCAAGGAGAAAGUGCGAAAUAGUCUGCAGGACUUUCUGCGAAAUCAACGCAACAGUGGCUUCUUCCAAAGCGUACAGAAUCCUUUGAAUCCCAGCUUUCGCUGCAAGGGUGUCAAGCCGGAAAAAUGCAAAGUUAUGGACUCAAAAAUGCGACCCCUUUGGAUUGUCUUCGAAAAUGCCGAUCAAAAUUGUCAUGACAUUUAUAUCAUAUUCAAAAAUGGUGAUGAUCUGAGACAGGAUAUGUUAACAUUACAAAUGCUUAGAGUUAUGGAUCAAUUGUGGAAAAAUGAAGGCAUGGAUUUCCGCAUGAACAUUUACAAUUGCAUUAGCAUGGAACGGCGUUUGGGCAUGAUUGAGGUGGUGCUUCAUGCCGAAACAAUUGCCAAUAUACAAAAAGAGAAGGGUAUGUUCUCAGCGACAUCGCCAUUCAAGAAAGGUUCCUUAUACAGUUGGCUAAAGGAGCACAACAAAACAGAAGAAGAAAUGAACAAAGCUGUCACAGAGUUCACAUUAAGUUGUGCGGGAUACUGUGUAGCCACAUAUGUGUUGGGAGUAGCUGAUCGACAUUCGGAUAAUAUUAUGGUGAAGAAGAAUGGUCAACUUUUCCAUAUAGAUUUUGGUCACAUUCUGGGCCAUUUCAAAGAAAAAUUCGGUGUUCGUCGAGAGCGUGUUCCAUUUGUACUCACUCAUGACUUCGUAUAUGUGAUAAAUAAGGGUAGAGCCGGUCAUAUGGCUGAUGAAUUUAGAUAUUUCCAGGAAAUGUGCGAAAAGGCAUUUUUGGUACUGCGUAAACAUGGCUGCCUUAUACUCUCCCUAUUUAGUAUGAUGAUAUCAACAGGACUGCCAGAGUUGUCAUCAGAAAAAGAUUUAAAUUAUUUAAAAGAGACUUUGGUCUUAGAAUAUAGUACAGAAAAAGCUCUCGAACAUUUCCGUUCGAAAUUUAGCGAGGCUUUAGCCAAUUCCUGGAAGACUUCACUCAAUUGGGCUUCACACAAUUUCUCCAAAAACAAUAAACAAUAAAAGCACGUAACGUAACACAACGUAAAGAGAAUCUAUCUAUAUAUGCAUAUACAUACAUACAUAUACACCACUGCAUGUUCAUCUCGAAAACAGAAAUAACAAAAAUUAGAUACAACAAGAAAAGAGAAAAAUCCCCUUUCCCACAUAGACAAAAGCGCAUACACAGAAGAAAAAAUAAAAAUCGGCUUCAAACAAGAAUUAAUUUGAUACAAUUAAUUUUUUAAUUGAAACUGCUUCAAUUACGAAAAUCAUAAUGUCAAUCACCAUUUUUGAGAAAGGUAAAUGAAAAAAAAAUUAAUUAAAAAAAUUUUCAACUCAUUUUCUAAUUGAUCCACUUCAAAAAAUGAUUGAAAAUUUGGGAAAUUUUCAAUUUCGACAAAUCUUUCAAGUUGAAGCCUAUAUAUUUAAGAUAUGGUCUAUGGUGAUAUUCCUAAUUCAAAUUC